AUGGCCGCUCUUCCCCAAGCCGCACGAUGGCUGGUGCGCCCUUCAGCAGUGUCCAUGUCGAAGGUUGCUUUCUCCGUCCGCGGGCCAGUUGCUGGCCUACACCAACAGGGUCCUUCGCGCUCUGCCGUGGUCCACGAACAAGCACUCCCAUCCAGCCAGACACAGGUACCACAGGUGGAAAGAGCAGCAUUUCUUUCGCAGGUGGAGACCGAAAUACCCCGAACACCAGCUGCAGCGCUCGAUGAAACCGCCUUCCUCGAUACCCUGAUUUCCCAAAUCCCUCUCGUCCAGACCCUGCGCCAAUCCCGCAAAGCCUACCAAGAAUCGCGCCCCCAUCUCGCCAUCCCGCCGGCCAUCAGACAACACCAUUUCGUCGGAGGCAGCUUAGCAGGCCCUGGAAAGCUGGCGCUGGCACCGUAUAUGUGGACAACACGUGGAAAGACCGAAGCCGGGUCCAAGAGCACCGCCCGUGCGAGCAGUGUUGUCUCCGUCUUCCAUAUCGGCCACGAUCUCUGUGGACACCCAGGCUUCGUGCAUGGCGGCCUCUUGUCUGUUCUGUUUGAUGAAGUAUUUGCCCGAUGUGUUUCAGCCGCGUUCCCGAGCGGCCUCGGUAUGACGGCGAAUUUGAAUGUCGAUUUUCGGAAGCCCGCGCUGCCUGAUCGUCUUUAUGUGCUGCGUGCUGAGACUGUCAAGGUUGAGGGGCGAAAAGCGUGGGUCGAGGGCAAGAUGACAUAUCUUCCGCUUUCAUUAUCUGCGCCGCUUGAUGCAAAGAGUCUGGUGGCAGAUGCCGCAUUGUUGAGUGAGGAUAAUGAGGGCGCGGUGAUGGUUUCGGAGGCGAGAGCCUUGUUUGUGGAGCCUAAGUUUGCGGAUUCCAUGGUGUCAGUCUAUAAGACCUAA